UCGCUAUUUCUUUUCGACACAUUUGAUUUCUGCGAUGUUCAACUCCCAACUCAACAAACUAACGACCAAGCUGAAUCAGAACUCACCAUCUAUCGCCCGUCAAUCGACCACCAAGAGUACGAGCACCACCAGGCAGCUGAUGAAGAAACCUUGCCGAGCACGAGAUCCGCUGAACCCUCUACUCGACCAGUUCAUUAUCGGAAACAUUCAAUCCGGCGAUCAGCACCCUCAGUCGAGUCCUCCUCCUCACGAUCCCGUCUCGGGUACCUUAUCUGAAUUCGAAAGGUCCAAGAAAAUCUAUUCAAGCUCUCAAGCGAUGGAUAGAAGCAUCCAGAAACUCAUCAAAAUCAACACACUUUCCACUCCACUACAACCUCAACCAUCAACCUCGAAAAUAUCCCUCGAUCAUCAUCCACCCUCCCCACCUCUUGACCCUACCUUCCGCUCCCUCGAAUCCGCCUUCCAAUGGACCCAGAUUUAUAUCCGCUUCUUGAGAUCUUCACCCAGCCCAGAAGUCUUCGCCAGAAGGAUCAAAGAGCUCAUCCACAAGCGACUGCCCAAGCGACUUAUCGAGCCGAUCGUCAGGCUUCAUAGCUCAGAAAAAGAGCUAGUUUCUGUUGAAUCUUACAAUCAUUUGAUCGCCUAUUACUACCAAUCAGAAAGAUACCAUCAAGCUCGAAGAUUGAUCAAGGAGAUGGAAGAACGGGGGAUCUCAAAGAACCAAGAAACUCAAGAGUUGAUUGCAUGUUCCUAUCAAGCAUUGAAUAAAUUCAAAGGGGUUCAGUUGACGUUAGAUGCGAUUAAAGCUGAAGGUCACCAAGUAAGCCAUCAAUGUUUGACAAGGCUGUUCUCAAUCCGUCCAAGAAGGCCAUCUAAACUUGAACAUUUCGAUUCGAUGGACGAUCCCGUCCCUUCUACAUCUGACCAUCCUCCCGUCAAACCAUCCUCAAGGAAGAACUCACCAGCCAGCACAGAAGACCAAAGCUGGAUGCCGAUCGAAGAGUUCCUGAAACACCAUCGCUGGGAUUCUGAGAACUUUAGGAAGGACGGUCGAGCACUGGUGACCCUCACCAAGCGACUGAUGGAGCUCGGCAGAUGGAAAGAAGCAAGGGAGUUCGUCGAGGUCAUCCUCACCCUCGAUCUCAAAAGGAGUACGGCCGAGAAUUCUCGUCUGGAAAUCACUCCAUAUUGGGCUACCAGUCUAUUAGAGGCACUAGUGUUUGGAAUAUACAACCUCAAGCGACAACAAUCUAAUGGGGACUCUAAAUCGACUUCGGAUCGGUUACCAGUCGAUUGCAUCUUCCGAUUCGUCGAGCGCUUCCUCGAUCAGCAUCCGGAACACCAGAUCAAAGCCAAUACUCGAAUCUUAUUGAACUGUCUGAGGGUUCAGACCUUCCUCCCGCCCUCUGAAAUCCACAGGAUAUCGACGAUCUGGACCAGCCGAUACGGAUUGGAGCCAAAGCUGAUGGGCUCGAGACUAGGCAUCCGCUUCUUGCACGUCAUCUCCGCCUGGUUUCUUCGGCUCCUCAGAUCCACCCAAGCGCACAUCUCCAAUCUUGAUCGAUCCGCUCCUCCAAGCUCAUUGAACAAAGAAAUCCAAGAAGAAUUGAAUGAAUUAAUCAAAGAGUACCUGGUAAUCGACGAACACUUGAUUGAAUGUUUAAACCUGAGAUCGUCUCCUCAGUCAGGAAAGCAAGGAAGCAGGUCGAGGGGAGAAGAGCUGCUCAUCGAAAGAUUGAUCUUGAAUGGUCCGGUGGACGGGAAAUUGGUCCGAACGAAGUACAGAUUCAUCAGUCUUCAAGACCUCGAAUCGAUCAAGUCUAGUCUCAAGAAGAUCUUCAAGAUUCGGACGAAGAUCAUCAAGCUCAUGAGUCUCACCUUCCGAGCCAGCGUCGAUCCAUCCUCCUCUCAACCAACCGCGCAAAGCUUCACCAACCCGACCGAUCUGAUUGAAUUCUAUGGUCCCAUGCUUGGUGACGAUGGACGACUGUCGAAGUUUUUGAGUAAUCCUGGUCAUGAUAGCCGCGAUGAUGGUGACGAUCAAGGCCCGACUCCAUUCAGCCAGAAGUUUGGUUCGCUAAUCCACCAGCUCAAAACCCAACUACAGCCCAACACACCUCCAGACCAUCCACAUCAACUCACCCUCGACCUCGUCAACAAAAUCUCCACACCCAUCGGCCCCCCUCCUGCCUCUUCCCAACAUCAUCAUCAACAACCUCCUCGUCGUCCGGCCUAUCAUGCACUUCUUUGUUGGAGAUCUGAAAACAGACAUUCGUCGCCUAUCUAUUUUAAAUCUUCUUCUUCUUCUUCAUCUUAGUCUUUUCUUUUUCUUUAAUUCGUUUUCAUUAAAUCAGUCUUGUUUGGUUUUCAGAAUCGCAUUUUUUAACUUAAUUUUAUCGUUCAUUCUGCUCGAUUGGGUGUUUGUAGCAAGAGUGGGAGGGUGGGUAGGAAGUGAGGAGAGAAGAAUCGUUGAGGAAUGAGUUUCUUACAAGCUACAUGUUAAACUGUAAUAACACUAUGGCAAAUUGAUGGAUAAACAACCUGUAAUUUUCGAACCUGCAUGUACGAUGUGUGGUGGAGUGAGUAUGGCG